AUGCUGGACGAUAAUGAAGUAUUGGACACACACAAGAUUGUUUGCAGGCCGUUUAGAGAAACAGGAUAUUGUGGAUAUGGAGAUUCUUGUAAAUACUCUCACGAUAGAUCUGUCGAAUAUACAGAAAGCUCUGUUGUUUCUAAUGCAGGGCUUCUGUGUGGAAUAUGCAAGAAGCCAUACGAAGAAAAAGUAGUCACGGAGUGCGGGCAUAGCUUUUGCUCUUUGUGUGCAAUAAGAAGAUAUCAAGGUGGCGACGAAUGUGGGGUGUGUGGAAAGCCGGUGUAUGGAAAGUUCUGGGUGUCAUGA